UACCAGCACAAGGAAGAAGAAAACAUCGAAGCAAGCUUUAACGUGGAGAAAGAAACACCAGCUUUUAGUCAGCUUUAAAGCUGAACCACAGUUAAGCUGAAUCAUGUCGUGGAGGUGCAGUGUCCGAGGCUGUGGGAAACGCAAUCAGGCCAAAGCUAACGGCGUGGUCAUUCACCGUUUCCCUGAAAAAGACCUGGAGCUUUGCAGUAAAUGGCUAUCGGCUAUCGGCAGGGAUGAGAAUAAAUCCGAGAAGAAAUACGCGUCUUUACGAGUGUGCAGCCAGCACUUCACACCUGAUGAUUAUGAGAGGGAUUUAAAGGCGGAAUUAUUGGGAUGUCCACCGAAAAAGAUUUUAAAGAAAACUGCAAUUCCGUCUAUAUUCCAGACAAAACGAAAGCCAGGCAGAAGACCCCCUCGGCUUCAAAAUAAAAGUCAUCCUGAGGUGUCUUCUGAAAAGGAAAAUGCACCUGCUCUUCUCUCGACAUGUUCUGAGGUGGAAGAAAUGUCAUGGCUUAAAGCUAUUAGGAGCCUUCAGACUCCUCAAGGAUCUAACAUUUUUAAGAGUCGUGAGGUGCUGGUGAACACACAGUGUCUGCUGGAGCUCUUCCAGUUCUGCUGGCUUUGUCAUAAAGAGUGCUGUAUUACCAUCGAGGGCAAUGAGAAGCUCUUUUCGGUCAAACAGGAUUGCCAGAGCUGCAGCUACCACAAAGACUGGAGGAGUCACCCUCCUUUAGCUGAACCUACACAGGCCUUUCAUGCUGAGGUUGUGGAACAGACUGGGUCUUCAGGUAACGAGUGCAGUGAGCCGAGCCAUGAACAUGUGCUCACUGAAGAAGAUGGCUCAUACUUUUCUAGUGAUGAUGAAGACACGAGCCUGCAGGAGGAGGAAGUGAAAAAGAAAAGAAAGAGGUAUAAAAUGAAAGACAGUUCAGAUGAACAGGAACUGCAUUUAGACGAAGAGCUCACAGACUCCGAUGUAUCCAUGGAUGAAGACAUGUUCACAGCUUUAAAGAAGGACGGUCAGGGUAAACUUGUAGUGUGGUGUACACAAUGUGAGACCGAGGCCUCACUCUCCUGUUCUGUCCAUCGACACAAGAAAGUCUUCUGCUGUGCUCAGUGCAGUGCAGGUGGUGAUAUUCAAACACAUCAUAUUGAAACGCUUCCUGUUCGGUUCGAUGACAUGGCCAGUUUUCAGAAACAUGCUGAACAGGAGCAUGGAUCCAAACCGUUCUAUAAUCUGUGUCAGGAUUGUGGUAAGUUUGUCAUAGCAAAAAAAGAGCAUGUAUGUGAGCAUAAAAUCAAAUUCAUCGUCUGUCCAGAGUGCGGGAGAAGGUUCCUCACUGAAGGCGGCCUGAAGACUCACUACACUCAGCUCCAUUCUGAUUACGAUCACCCAUGUAAAUACUGUCUUAAGGUCUUCAAAACCAGGUCAACGAAACUGGAACAUGAGCAGACUCACCCUAAAGAAAAUCAACCGUACAGCUGUCCAGAUUGCCCAGAGAAAUUUGACAACAUUCAUAAACGCAAUAACCACGUUAAGUCCCACAGAGGGCCACAUAAAUAUGUGUGUGACGUUUGUGAGAAAGGCUUCAGGGAUAUUAACAGGCUAAGGAGACAUAAGCUCAUCCAUUCUGGAGAAAAACCUUUUAAAUGCCAAGUGUGUGAGCGCUCCUUUAACCGAAUGGAAAAUCUUGGUGCUCACAUGCGUGUCCACACCGGAGAGAAACCUUUCGCAUGUGAGCAAUGCGGAGAGUCGUUCAGUCACAACAUCAGCCUAAAGAACCACAAGCAGCGACACCAUGACACGGGUUUGACUCAGGAGCAAGAUGUGCUAAAUGAUGUCGAAAAUAAAUAAGGUGAUGAAUGCAGCAGUGGGUGCUCCAUAGUAAAGCUCUGAUUGCCUUAAUGUAGAGACAUGCAACGGCUCGGGCAUCAAUGGAGAAACGGUCCAGUGUUCUUCACUUAACUUCUAUUAGUCCAAACAGGAACAAUAUCUUGCGGAAGACACUGCAGAUCAGUCUGAUUUUUCUCAUCAGCAGACCAUGUGAGACAUUCUGUACUGACUUAAUGAUAUUCAUAGAGCCUGGACCAUGUACCAUCAUGACAAAAUGUUUAUAAUUGAAGACAACUACAAUGUCUUUGUAAAGCUGGCACUUAAAUAAAUCGAACAAUAAGCACAA